CAACAAUAUAGCAAGACAGAAAUCGAAGCUGCACUAAAUGUUUUGGAGACUUCUCUAUUACAGUUUGAAGAGGAUGGGAUACAAAAAAAAGACAUUCAGACUUACCUGUCAGAAUUGGGACUUUCUGUACUCUUCCCGAAGUCAGCAAAGCGACUAGUCGUCAAUAACAUUCCUUCUGGAAAAGUUGAUGCGUUGGAUGAACGUGCUCAAUCAAUUGGUUUCUAUUUCACUCCAACUCCAACAAGAUAUAAAACUUCCAAAUCACAAAUAUAUGGCGCAUCAGAUUGCACUUCUAUAUGUAUGUAUAAUGAUCAUCAAUGUCUCAAUCAGGCUGGAGGUCACUUUCUUAAAUAUAAAUCUCGUGUUGAAGUACAUUUUGACGUAACUGCCGAUAUUGUUACGGAAGCAUUAUUUAGUGGCAGACCUGUGACUGCGAUGUCGCAACCACUGGCUACAUAUCUGAAUGGGAUUAGCGAAGCGUCGCCAAAGAUUGAUUAA